UGUAUAAUAUGUAGCUAUUAUUAUAAUAUUUUUGUUCGUUUAUCGAGAAACCAUAGUUCGUCGGCGUUGUGUUGACACUCGGCAUUGUUCCAUGACGCGGGCGCGUGCGCACUCUACGCCAGUUAUUAUAAUGGUAAAGUUGUGCACCGAGCAGUUUCCUUAUCUGUUUUCGUUCCGACUUCCGAGCAUUUCUACGGUACCGUUGAACGGCGUCUGACUCGUUUACCGUUCUAAUAAUAUUGUUGUGAAAUUUACGUUUACAACCGCAAUAAUAAUAAUAUCAUUAACGUACGUAAUUAUUAUUACUGUUGUGUACGGUUCGUGUUGUGUUCCGAAUCCGAAAUCUCGUGUGAUCCGUCAACGAACAACUGGACCAAGGUUGGUGAAGCGGAAAGAAAUUGCAGGACAACGGACACGCACAGGUUGGUACCGUACGCUUAAUGUUACCACCAUCCAGCGUCCGCAAUGAUCGAAAACGCGGAACUAGUCAUGCAAAUGCUGGAGAUGUACCAGAUGUACAAGCAACAGGUUCCCGUGGAACUGGAAGAGUACCUGAGGUACGUCGCCAAGACCGGAAAUACACUGUUCCAGUGGACGUUGGUCAAGCCGUUCAUCCGUGAGAAGAUUAUGAACGUUAUUGCUGAGUUUGUGGAACAAUCCUCGUUGUCUGACAUACCCCCAUAUCCAAAUGUAGAUCCGUUCAACUACGAGGCUAUGAAGACAAUGUUGUUAGAACGUUUCGACACUUUCAAUGGGCCCCCGUUCACCAUUCAAAGGCUUUGCGAGUUAUUGUCUUGCCCGAGGAAAGAAUACAACCGUGUGGACAAGUUCAUGCGUGCCGUGGAAAAGAACAUAUUGGUCGUCAGUACCUGUGAUUUGAGACCCAAGCGAGAAGAGCCCAUUGUCAAUGGUGCCCCAGAUCGGUGGGAAAAUGGGAAAGAGCCCGAUAUCAGUAUGGAAUUGGUUGAUAAAAAUAAUGUUAUUACUGACGCAAAUGUCCUAAAUGGUAAUGAUACAGUUGAAAGUCUUCUGAACGAACUAGAAUCAAUGAAAACACCUGAAACCAAACUGGAUGAAUCAAAUUUAGAACAUAAAGAUCUUCUUGUCGCACAAGUUACCGAUAAAGUUGAAUCUAAUAUUACACCUGAAGAACCCAAACAAGAUACUCCAAUAUUAAUCACCCAAGAUACACCACUUCAGACACAGAUUACAGAAUCUACUUCAGAAGUUAUAGAACCAGUCAAUAUUGAUGUCCAACCAGUCAAUAUUGAUAUUCCACAAAAUGUUACUGUUGAUCAUGACACUAUAGUUGACCAACCAAAAGAGUUAAACUCUGAAGUCUCUGAAAUUCAAUCUGUUGAAGUAAAAGAACAAACUGUAAGUAAUCCUAUUGAUGAGCUUAAAGGUUUAUCCCAAAAUAUAGAGCUUGAAAUCGCUAAAUCAAAAACUGAAGAGUCAAUCUUAGAAAGUAAUAAAUUGGAUAAUUUGGAAUUAAUACCGACAGAUGUUGAUCGAGUAGAAGGUUCAAUUAUUCAUCAAACUUCUGAUUCUGAUAAUAAAGUAGAACUAGAUAUAGAAUCUUCUCAACCAGCAGUUUUGUUGGAAAAAUCAGACGAAAAUCUUGAAAAAAUGGAUGUACAAAUCGAAGAUGUAUCCAAAAUUAUGGAAUCGGAAGUAAUCAGUGAUAAUAUACAAGAAGAAUGUAUAAAACCUACCGAAAUUCAAAAUGACAAACAACAAACUGUUGAAUCUACCAUUGAAGUACCUACUGUAGACCCAAUUUCUAUAGAUAUGGAAGUAGAACUAGAGAAGACAGAAAAUAAUAUUAUUCUUGACGUUAUACCACAAGAAAGUGUUAAAGAAAAUGAUGACACCCAGGUAACAGAACCUAAUACAACUGUUGAAGAACCUCAAGUACAGGAUGAAAAUAAAUUGACUGCAAGUGAAUAGUCUUACUAAAUAUUAGACCUUAAAGAAUAUUACAUACAUUGACUGGUUAGGUUAAUAAUAAUAAUGAAAUUUUAUCAAUUAGGUAAAAGUUAUGUAAAA